CCUGUCUCUCCAUGUGCACCGGGAGGAUUCGUAUUACUUACUUACUUCCCAGGGUUUGCUGUGAGGCCGACCUAAUACGAGGUGUCUCGAGUCUCUGGGCCGCAGGGGGAAAGUGAUGGGCUGAUUUGGCUGGGACUGGGCGAGUCUAUUGGCGUGGCCGCUAAAUUUAGGAUGGUGGUGUGCUGGGAUAAGAUAAAGGGACUGUCGGUAUCGUCUAAUUGUUCCUAUCUAAGGGUCGUGGGGCAGGAAGUAUAGUAGCACGACGGCUUUUUGGUUUUUAGAGAAGACCCGGGAAAUCGAGGCCGACAUCCACCUCCGUUCUCCACUUCCGAGAACCUCGCAUACUCCGUAGCAGGUCGUCGCUAGUGUCAGAUCCAGACCAUGUGCUCCGUUUCCAGGGGUACAUAACCACCAGAAUCGACAUGAAUACAUGACAAAUACGGUACCUAUGUGCAACCGCCAGAGCUUUUGGCCCCCACGCCGGGUCGCGAUCAACGAAUGCAAGGGAGCAUCUGGUGUAACCCACGAGGGAGCCAGGGACAGGGUUGAUAUCCUGCUUUUCUCGUGGCCGUCAGGGAAGAUGACCUCAAACAAGCGCCGACGUGAAGAGAAUCGGGUAAUCGAGGCUAUAGAUAGUAGCAGUGUGUGUGAAUCGGUUUCAUGGUGUGGACGGUGCUAUCGUUGGUGGAAUGCUGCGUGGUUGCAGAUAAUCCUUGUCAAGGUGCGCGCUUACGGAGUACUACUUUGGAUAUUCUUAGUAGUCGGUCGCCAGUAGGAUCUCUGAACAAAGGGCUGCUAAUUGGGAUGAAUCAGACCAUGAAACGGGGUUGAAACGUGGGGCGAUUGCUUUUUUUGAGGGUAUUACUGGGUUCGGUAGGAGACAGUUGACACCUCUUCGCUCGAAGGUUCUCUACCUGUCAAGUGUCAAAGGGAUCCAUCUCUCGGUUCGACGGGGGAAG